GUCCUCGAGGAAGUUGCUUUGGCCUCUUCAUAAGCCCAAAAUGGAGCGUUACCUGGGCUUGGUUGAAGAGCAGAGAUCGAAACUUCAACUGUUGUUAACUACAGCCACAACGUAGGUUACCCAUUCUUCUGCUCCCUAGGAAUUUCGUUUCCCUGGUUUCCCCUCUUUAAGUUGAAAAGGCUAACUGUUUGUUUAGGAAGACGGUAACACAGGUGUUACGAAUCCUAGAUGGUACUUGGUCACAUUAUCCCUAGCCCUGCCAACGAUUUUCUUUACUGACAUCGGAUAUUCCUGAAACCCUAGAGAGUAAAUUCCAGGAAGUACAGAAAUGGCUUAACGUCGUUGACCCAGCCUCCAAUUAUUCAUCCGCACUCGCACUUCGUGAACCUGGUACGGGGAAUUGGCUGCUCAAGGGGUGCGAGUACAUCGAUCGGAAGGAAGGUAGAGGAGGGGUUCUCUGGCUUCAUGGUAUACGUGAGUCUUCGGACGAGUGAAGUCUUAUGCUUCAAUGAAUGUCACUAACAUUUGUCUCUUGUAGCCGGAUGCGGCAAGAGUGUCCUAAGGUGCGAACUUAACCAGGUAUCCGAAGGUGCAAUAUGAUUCACUGAUUGCUAACCUCUCUUUAGCGCUACUGCCAUUGAGGAUGUCAAGGAUUUGUGCGAGGCGAACCACGAUCACGCAUUAGCCUACUUCUACUUUACCUUCAGCGACCCGGAGAAACAGAAAUCGUGCAAUAUGCUUCUAUCACUUAUUAGUCAGCUUCCAAGAAGGCUUUCAGAGCGGGGUUUGCUGGGGGAGGUUGUAGAUCUAUACAAUAGCACUAGGGCGAUCGGAAAGUCGGCGGAUACUAAGGCUCUGAAAGAUGUAUUGUCGCAGAUUAUAAGGGGUUUCAGGAAGACGUUUAUCAUUCUCGAUGCCCUAGACGAGUUCCCGAAGGACGCGCAGGGGAGUCUCUUGUCUUGGGUCAGCGAGCUUAGGGUUAAUAAUAAGACGGAAUCGUUGUCCAUU